AUGGAAAUAGUGUCAUCAGCAGCGAGCGUGGUUGCGGUGAUCCAGCUGGCAGGGAGUGUUGUGAAGAGUUGUGGGGGCUACAUCAAGCAGGUGAAAGAUGCCCCGAAAGAGAUUAAGUCCUUGCAAGAAGAGCUUGACGAUCUCUUGAAGCUGAGGGAGGAACUGUCCAAGCUUCUUGAGAACACUCAGGAUACAACGUUGUCUACCCCCGAGAGAGUACGUAACAGGCUUCUCAAAUGCUACAAAGUCCUGGAGACUUUAAAAGACAAGAUAGAUCCUGGAAACAGCAAGAAAGCCAUGAGCAGAAUGGGUUUGCGAGCCUUGAAGUGGCCCUUGAAAUCUGCUGAAGCGAAGAGAGCAAUAAAGGACAUAGAACGAUGCAAAUUGUCAUUGAAUUCGGCCUUGCUGAUUGGUCAAACCACUCAUCUCGCUGAUAUCGCACGAGCUACUGCUCGUAAUAAUCGAAAUGAGGACUUGGAGAGGUUGCCACUUGUUGUCGAGGCUGUGCUUGAUUCAUGCAUGGAUCAGCAUGAAGACAAAUGCCUGUCGGGGACCAGAACUGAAUUACUUCUCCAGAUUACCGAUUGGGCGAAGUCAACAGCUCCAAAAGACAAAUGUAUCUUUUGGCUGAAGGGCAUGGCGGGUACGGGGAAGUCGACAAUAUCUCGCACUGUGGCUGAAUCCUUCAGAAAAGACAACUCUCUUGGAGCGAGCUUCUUCUUUAAGAGAGGCGAAGGAGAUCGAGGAAAUACAGCGAAGCUUUUUCCAACGCUUGUACGACAGCUAGUGAUCCGUCUUCCUCAUUUAGUUCCCAGCGUCCAGAAGGCAAUCCAGAUUGACCCCAGCAUUGCGACGAAGUCAUUGAGAGAACAAUUUGGCAAGCUCCUUCUUGAGCCUUUCAGAAGCCUAGGGCCGUCUGAUACCCAGAACAUAGUGAUAGUAAUUGACGCCCUGGAUGAAUGUGAGCACGACGAUGAUAUUAGGGUGAUACUGCAAUUACUGCCGCACUUACAAGAGGCGAACGGCAUACGCCUACGGAUAUUCCUGACAACCAGGCUUGACCCUCUAACCAACUGUAUAUUUUCAAAGAUGCCGAGUCAUAGUUACCAGGAUUUGGCUCUCCAUGAGAUUCCCGAAGAAGUGACAAAGGAUGAUAUCGCUCUCUUCUUGAACAGUCGACUUUUACAAAUCAGGGUUGAGAGAUCAUUGCCUAUCGACUGGCCUGGGGAUACAAAUAUUCAAACUCUGAUUGCGAUGUCAGUCCCGCUGUUUAUCUUCGCCGCCACCAUAUGCCGUAUGUUUCAAGAUCGACAAUUGGACCCCGUGGAUACUCUGAAGGAGAUCCUCGAGCAUCGUAGUGAGGGAUCCCAACUUAACGGGACCUAUCUUCCCGUGCUGAACCGAGUGCUCAAAAACCAAAGUGAAAAGCGGAAACAGCAAAUAAUCCAAGAAUUCCAAGAGAUCGUGGGUACGAUAGUGAUGCUUGAGACUCCGCUCUCAAUCAUAUCACUUGCGAAGCUCAUUGGUGUCUCUGAAAGGGCAAUCGAUCUAAGACUGGAUUCAUUCCACUCGGUCAUCAGCAUUCCUCAAGAUAGGACAAUGCCUGUGAGACUUUUCCAUCUAUCUUUUCGAGAUUUUCUACUGGACCCGGAAACACGCAAGCAUACUCCUUUAUGGGUGAACGAGAAAGCGGUGCAUCAAAAUUUGGCAACACGGUGUCUUUCUGUAUGUCAGAACCUGAGACGAAACAUCUGCGAACUGCCAAGUGAUGCAACCCUACAUGCGGAUAUUGAACCGCAGAGGAUCCAUGACCAUAUUCCCCCAGAACUACAAUACGCUUGUCGCUUUUGGGCAUACCAUCUUGCAAAGAGUGAAGAUCCGGCUCUUGUUAAUAUCUUUUCAUUUCUGGAGAAUAACUUUUUGCAUUGGUUAGAAGCCAUGGGCAUUCUAGGUCUUGGGGCGGAAGUUGUGCAGAUCAUCAACUUAUUGCAGUCAACCAUACAGGGCGAGAAGGAGCACAACGUAUCUGAAUUCUUGCGCGACGCAAAUCAAUUCGUUCUUAAGAAUAAUCAUAUUUUGAACAUCGCGCCGCUGCAGGUUUACUGGUCUGGGCUUUUGUUCGCUCCAAGGAAGUCAACGAUUCGGCACACAUUCAGAAAAGAGAUACCUGCUUCGGUAUCAAUCUUUCCAGAUGUUGAUGAAACCUGGAGGGUGGGCGUACAGACUCUCGAAGGUCAUUCGGACGCUGUUGCGUGUGUGGCAUUCUCUCCCGACAACAAACUGUUAGCAUCUGCCUCGUCAGAGAAGACAAUUCGGCUGUGGAAUGCCACUACAGGUGCAUUACUGAACAUUCUUGAGGGCCACCAAGACCAUGUCCGCGUACUGGCAUUCUCUACCACUGGCCGAGUACUAGCAUCUGGAGCUCAUGAUAAUACAGCGAGGUUGUGGGAUCCUACCAGCGGCAAGGUUCUACAUAUUCUUGAGCACUCAAAAUGGGUAAGCUACGUGGCCUUCUCUCCCGACGAUCAUCUUCUAGCGUCUGCCUCGAUAGACGGGAAGAUUCGACUGUGGGAGAGUGUUACAGGCAAGCUCAUCGAAACCAUCAAAACCAAUUCAGAUCGGAUCGAUGCAAUAACCUUCUCUCCUGAUUGUAAAAUCUUAUCAUCUCACUGGCUGACUUUAAAAGUUUGGGAUCCUGCUACAUGCGCUCUUGAGGCAACCAUCAAUAAUGGCAGUUCAGUGAUCCCUUUCAUGUCCGUUUCUCCAGAUGGCCGACGCCUGGCAUUUUGCUUGAGCAACAAUACAAUUGGCAUCUGGGACUCUAUGACACGAGCGCCAAUACAAACGAUUGAAGCAAAUCCAGAAGAUAUCAGUUGUCUGGCAUUCUCGCCUGAUAGUCAGCUCCUGGCUUUUGCAUCAUCGAGCUCGAAGGUUCAACUAUGGGAUCUCACCACGGACACGUUACGGCAGACUUUCGAUGGGCAUCCAUUGGGAAUUACUUCGGUGGCCUUUUCUCUUGAUGGCCGAAUGCUCGCCUCUAGCUCUGCUGAUGGCACGGUCCGACUUUGGGAUCUUGCUACAUGCCUUUCGCAGCCAACCCACAAGGGUCAUUCAGGAGAAGUUCUCUCGAUAGAGUUCUCACCUAAGGGCAACAUUCUAGCGUCCUGCUCCAGGGACAGCAAGAUUAUGAUUUGGGACACCAAUACAGGCAUACUCAAGUGGACUCUCAAAGGUCAUUCGCAUGCUGUUCAGUCAGUUGCAUUCUCCUCGGAUGGUCAAUUACUGGCAUCUGGCUCGGAUGAUGAGACCGUCCGACUCUGGGACACUAUCACGGGCAAUCUUAAGAUGACUCUGGAAGGCCACUUAGAUGGAGUCACAAAAGAGAUUUUCCCGACAGUAGGUCAACUGGCAUCUGGGUCAGUGGACAAGACAAGCAGGAUUUGGGAUCUCGCCGCAGAGUUGCCGCGGCAGAAGACAUUUGAAGGCCAUUUGAAGACCCGAUCUUCGAGUGAUAAUCCAGCAUUAGCAUCAUCUCCAUCCAACGUUAAGAUACUUGUGCAAGAGGAUCAGUGGCUAUUUUACCAAGGCCAAAGAGCUCUCUGGAUACCGGCUGAUUAUCGACCUGGGUGCCAGGCAGGGAAAGACGAUAUGAUAGCUCUGGGGCACACGUCAGGGCGGGUUAUCUGGAUACGAUUUUCGGCGCAGUAG